AUGGCACCACCAUUCAAACGAGGUGGAGGAAGAGGAGGUGGACGUGGAGGAAGGGCUCGUUAUGGGGUUGCUCCAGGCGGUCGACAUAAAACCAGCACAACCAACCUACCUCAAGCACUGAGUCAAGAGCUGGAAGGCAAUACGUCAAUCUUUUUCGCUGAUGGCGAUGAUCGUGACUUUAGCAAAAAGUUCAAGAAUAAAGCUGCCGGACGGAAGGCUCGUAGAAAACAGGAGCGCGCAGAAAAGAAAAAGCAUCGUGCACCGACAAUGUCAAAGAUUGAACUUCUUACACGACAACAGCAUAUGAUGCCUGCGAACCCCACUGCUCAAGGCAAAGGUGGUAGCAAAAAGAAAGGCUCCAACAAGAAACAAAGGGUUGAUUCUUCACAGUUGGAAGUCAAUAUAGAUGAACAUGAAGGAGAGACUUUGGUGACAGAUAUAGCAUCCGAGAUUAAGAAAGACAAAAAGAAGCUGAAAAAAACCAUUGGAAAAGCCGCUCCAUCUCUCGACGGUUCUGCAGAGUUGGAUGCUAGAAAGCUUGAGAAGCUAUCAAAAUCCAACCCAGCAUUCUACGCCAUGCUGCAGGAAGAUGGCGUAGUAUCUGGUGGCGGAUCAAGCUUUAACGAAGGCUUUGAUGAUGAUGAGCAGUAUAUCCGGCACUACGAGAAAAAGUUGGGACUCAAGCGUAAGGAUAUAGACAAACUUACCUCUAAGAAAUCGUUUUUGGAUGACGGUCUUGGCGAGUUGUUAGAGGGUAUUGAACUAGGCUCUAGGAAGAGGCGAUCAAAUUCAGGUGCCACAGCCCCUUCAGCAGCAAAACUCCUACCCAAAACUGAGCCAGUAAACAAUUCUACUGGAAAAAAGAGAAGCGCUAGUGAAAUCGAAAGUGACGAGGGAACGGAAGAUGACGAGGCUGAUGAGAUUGAUAUAGACAACUUUGAUCAAGACUUAGAGGGCUUUGAGUCUGAAGACUUGGACCAUUUUGAAGUGGGAGAUAGUGGAGACGACAAUGAAUUAUCAAUGGCCUUUGAUAGUGAUUCAGAAGAUUUUGGGUCAGAAGUGGAAGAUAAAAAGGAAAGUGAGGACAACGAAGGCCCAUCAGAAGAGGAAAGUGAAGACACGGAGGGAGUAGAAAGCGAAAUACCAGAUAAGGAAUCUACAGUUACGACCAUGGCAGCAGCUCACUCUGGAAAGUACCUACCGCCACAUCUUCGGGCUGCUGCUGCUAGCGCUGCUACUGAAGAAGAGAGUGGUGCCUCCGCUCUUGCUAAAUCUAUCCCCAGAAAGAAUACAGAGGAGCUUUUGCGACUUCGUCGUCAGCUCCAAGGACUGCUUAAUAAGCUGAGCGAAAGCAAUAUCGAGCCAAUCCUUAUGGACAUAGAAAGUCUUUACCGCAAAUACCCAAGAGCAGAUGUAACUGAAAACAUCACAGAGAUGAUUUUGGCGUCCAUAUCUUCCAAAGCCAACCUGUUGGACUCAUUUGUAAUCCUGUAUGCCGCUGUGGUUGCCAGCUUGUACCGUCUUGUUGGAAUAGAGUUUGCGGCACAUUUCGUUCAAACGCUGAUUGAACAAUUCGACGCUUAUCAUGCGAUGGCUUCGAGCACAAAGAGCACAGAAAUGACAGACGAGACCCUAAGCGCUGCAAAGCAAUGUACAAAUCUGAUAGUUUUGGUUUCAGAGCUUUAUAAUAUGCAGGUAAUUGCCUGCAUUCUAGUCUACGAGCUGAUUCGUUGGUUCAUGACGGAACUUUCAGAGUUAAAUGUCGAGCUUGUGGUCAGGUUCGUUAAGACAUCAGGAUAUCAGCUUAGACAGGAUGACCCUACAACUCUCAAAACCAUUAUCCAGGAUUUCACAGUUUUGGCGAAUCAGACUACUGCAAAAGAGGGCUCUCAGAAGUCCAUUUCGUCUCGUACACGGUUUCUCUUAGAAACAUUGACUGCACUCAAAGCAAAUCGAAUGAAAGGACCUUCAACUAAUUCAACUACAUCAGGAACUAUCGCAGAGAGCACUGUACGUAUGAAGAAGUUUGUGUCUGGAUUGAGCAAAAAGCGGACCACUUUCCCUAGUGAGCCGAUGCGUGUUGGUUUGGCAGAUAUUCGUCAGGUCAAGACUAAAGGCAAGUGGUGGCUAGUAGGCUCAAGUUGGAAAAACAACAUGGUGGGCGAGGAAAGCUCGCGUAAAUUCUUAACUUCAACUGCGGAUGACAUGUUGGAAGCCGAGGAUGAGCUUCUCAAACUCGCGCGGAAGAAUAAGAUGAACACAGAUGUGAGACGAAGUAUCUUUGUUGUUUUAAUGAGCAGCGAGGACUAUGUUGACGCGUUUGAGCGAUUGAUCAAGCUCAAUUUGAAGGAAGUACAGCAGCGUGAGAUUGUCCGUAUUUUAUUACACUGUGCCGGCAAUGAAAAGACUCAUAACCCCUAUUACACGCUUGUAGGACAGCGUCUUUGUCAACAUGAUCAUUCGUUCAAGAUAACGUUCCAAUAUUCACUUUGGGAUCUACUGAGAGAAAUGGGUGCUGCAGAUGUAGGAGGUAUGGAAAAGGUCAAAAAUGGACAGGUGAUUGGUCUCGAUGAUGGCUUAAACAACAGUGGGAAGAAGGUUGCGCUCCGUCGAAUCAUCAACCUCAGCAAAAUGUAUGGCUUUUUGAUUACUUCACAGGAUCUAAGUUUGGUCAUGCUGAAGACAGUUACCUUUACCUCAUUACCCGAGCAGCCCACAUUGUUCUUUCAACUCCUCUUGACCAAUAUCAUCCUGUCAUCACAGCCUCAAGUCCACCCACCUCUCCAACAGCAACGGAUGCAGAAGGAGGCGUCUAAGGAGAAGCCCAAGUACAAUGCUCAAGCAUUAGCUGAUAUCUUUAUCCGUGCAGCCAUAAAUCCAACACUAGCACAAGGCAUCAUAUUUUUCUUGCAAGCUUUUGUCAAGAAAGGUCAAGUGUGUCAGACAGAUCAAGAGAAAGAGACGGUCAAGUGGGCAUGUAGCACUAUCAGAGAGGUCCUUCAGGGAGCUGUCAAUACUGGUGGCCGGUUUUAA